AUGACGCUUCCAACACAGGAUGCCUUCCUCGCGGGACUCCAGCAAAAGGACUGUCCAAUCUGCUACGAGCUCAUCACAGGUCCAGUCCAGCUCGAGUGCGGCCACAUCUUCUGUCUAACAUGUGCACGAACGUGGUUCGCUACGUCCUCGACGUGUCCAAACUGCCGCGCCGCGCAAUACGAGCACGAAGCUCCUCCCGCACGAGGAGAGGUCGUGGUUGAUGCGGAAGGCUGGCUGGUGUUUCCAGGAGAUGCGGGAGCGAUCUAUCGUAUUAGGCGUCUCGAGAACCCCUUGGAUGUCUCCCCGGAGGCACGUAUUAUAUUUGGACACGAUAAUGGCUGGUAUGAGGUACAGCGUAUCGACGGCGGUGAUUAUUCAGAUGAGGCGGAUGAGGAGGAUGACAGUGGUGCUGACGAGGACGACUUUGACGACGAUCUCAUCGAUCAUAUUGAUGGCGUUGAGGUCCAACCACAGCCAGCUCCCGUGAUCGAGCCGAAUCCCGCGGAAGACGAAGAUCUCAUCGACUACAGUGACGAUGAGCUCGAAGAGCAACCAGACCCAGCACCCAGAGCGUCAGGAGCAUGGGAGCUAACAUACCGCGUCAACCCACUUCCAGAAGAUACCGACGAAGACCAGAUUUUUGAGAACAAUCUGCUCGUCAGACAGGCUCUUCGCUACAUGCGGAUUGGUUACGCAGGGCCUUUGAACGAGAUGGACUGCUCGCCGGAGUGGGAGGCGCUUGUUAUUCGCGAAGAUCUAGAGAAUACUGCUGAUGCGUCCAUUGUCUCGGGAUCGCUCGAGGAAUUCGAGGCGAACAUGCAGGAGCUCUAUCCUGGGGCGCUGAUGUGGAUUACUAUGUCCUUCGAGGAUAGAGAGCGUCUUCUGUGGGAGCUGUACUGCCAUCUGGGUGGCAGAGACGGUGAGGUGUAG